AUGGACUAUUCUGACAUGGACAUCGACGGCGACGCGUAUAAGGCAUAUGUCGCAGGCGCUAAUGCACCUCUGCCGAAGCCACAGCCGGGGCCACGCUCGCGCAUGGCCACACCCGUGAUCAAGCCGGUUGUCUUGCCCGGCGGCCGGAUCUUGGAUCCCCGCGUGUUGGCGCUUCUCAAGCCAAAUGUCAUUUCACCUUCCCGCCCAAUGUCAUUGCGCCUCACUGUACGGAAGGUCUACUCACCACUAUUCCGCCCAUCACAUGUGGUCGAGAAAGAAGAAUCCCCCAAGAUGCCCAGCUCCCUUCGCAAGCGCUCAUAUGCCGAAUAUGACGAUGAGGACAACACCCCCGCCUCAAUGCCAGAAGAGAUUAGCAUUGACAACGCUCGCAGCAUUCCUGGCAUGGCCUUUGACAUCUACACGCGCGCCCACAACAUCUUCACAGCCAUGUAUAAAUGGUUCACCAUCUUCCGCGGCGACCCUCAGUCGUACAGCAUCACGGUCGAUGCCGUCGAGACAUCACCGGGCAGUAGUAAGCGACGCGCCGUACAGGCCGGAGCCGGUGUUAACAUCACCGAGUUCAUCAACACGCACGAGGUUCCUGGUAAUUACCCAGCACUCUCAUCCGCCAAACCAAGCAUGAUCAUCACCCCACCAUCAUCGCGCCCUACCAGCUCUGAUGGAAAGGAGCCUGCUUGCGAGCAGAAGCCGUCGCAACAGAAGCAGACGAGUACACCACCACCCCAAGAGCAACAGCAGCCUCAGGCUAGCACGUCACCGACACAAGUGUCCACCGGCCCAGCUCAGGCCACGAAGAAUGAUGCCGAGCCGGCUCCAUUCCGCGAGAAAAAGCCACUGCUCGCGCGCAUGUUCCCAGAUGAUCCGUACUAUGCGGACGAUGGUCAGCAGCGAGCCCGAAGGCUCACCAAGCUCAUCAAAGAGCGCAAGCAGGCUGAGGCCGAGCGUGCUGCUCAAGAGGCCAAAGAGAGCCCAGCGCCAUACGUGACUUCAAGGCAGCGCAACCUGAUGAAGAAGCAGAAGGCGGCGGAGAGGAAGGAUGGAGACAUUGACCGUCUUAUUGGGAAGGCCAAGGAUGUUGCCAUCACAUCGCCAGAUGCGGGUAGCUUUCUGGAGAUGAGGAGGAUUGCACGCGCGAAGAGGGAUGCCGAGCUGAAGGAGAAGGCUGCUCGUGAGGAGGCAGAGCGGAAGCAGAAGGCUGCUCGUGAGAAGGCAGAGCAGAAGGAGAAGGCUGCUCGUGAAGAGGCAGAGCUGGAAGCCGAGUGGGCACUUAAGAUGGUCGAACUCGAGCAAAACGCCGCCCACACUGUAGCUGCAAUGAACGAGAAAUGGGACCAGCACCAAGCUGAGGAGAAAGCCAAGGCCGCCAUCAUCAAGCCGCUGACUGAGGAAUGGGCUGCUUGCCUGGAGACCGAGAUGAAGUUCAAGAGCAUGGAGCACGUGAUCACCCAGAGCCCAGACGGCGCCGACCUCACGCGUAAGGACUUCGGCACCUUGCUGGCGGAGGUCAAGUCGGACAGCACCGACGCUUGGCUAAAUGACGAGAUCGUCAACGCGUGGCUUUCCCUGAUAGUAACACGGAAGCACGAGAAGACCGGCUACGUCAAGAGCGCCAAGGCCGUGCCCAACUUCGUCGCCUACAACAGCGCCUGGCUUACAACUGUCAAGGCCAAAGGCAUGGAGGGUAUCGCCGGCUGGUCGCGCCGCAAGGGCAUCAAGGGAGAGAAGCUGCUGAAGGCAGAGAAGAUCUUCUUCCCGAUCAACACCGGAGCGCAUUGGAUGAUGCUCGUCAUCUCGCCCCAGGACAAGAAGCUUGAUUUCUUGGACAGCUUGGACACGGGACUAUCAUCCAAUCGCACCACUUUCAUGCACAAAGCUCGAGCAUGGUUAGCCAUGGAGCUAGGCAAGGCCUACAAGGCCGAGGAAUGGAAGGAGACAGGAGCCGUCUCGUCUCAGCAAACGAAUGGGAACGAUUGUGGUGCUUUUGCUUGCUUCAAUGCGCUGGCGUCCGCUUCGGGGAAGGAGUAUAGUGAGGUUUUGGCCAAGGAUAUGCAGAAUGGUCGUCGGGUUAUGGGGGCGGCUUUGAUUGGGUUUAAGGGCGCUUUUGACGUUUGA